GGACACGUCAACACAGUCGCUCCUCAGACGGAUAUCAGCCACAGAGCCGCUGUUUUCUUUGGAGGUAGCGUUUCUUCCUCAGCCAUGGAGACAUUAUACAGUAUGCCGUUCGCCUUGCUGGAGUGCCCCAAUGUGAAGCUGAAGAAACCCUCGUGGCUGCACAUGCCGUCGGCCAUGACCGUGUACGCGGUCGUCAUCGUGUCCUACUUUCUCAUCACCGGAGGAAUCAUCUAUGACGUCAUCGUGGAGCCCCCGAGCGUGGGUUCAAUGACGGACGAGCACGGACACCAGCGACCAGUGGCCUUUUUGGCUUACAGAGUAAAUGGCCAGUACAUCAUGGAAGGACUGGCUUCCAGUUUCCUCUUCACAAUGGGAGGCCUGGGCUUUAUAAUCCUGGACCGCUCCAACGCACCCAACAUUCCCAAACUCAACCGCUUCCUGCUGCUCUUCAUCGGUUUUGUCAGCGUUCUCCUCAGCUUCUUCAUGGCCCGAGUAUUCAUGCGCAUGAAGCUGCCAGGAUAUCUCAUGGGCUAAAGACGUGCCGAGCAAACUUAAACUUGAUUUGGAUGAACGGCCACCAACGCCCAACUGACCUUCCUGUAAUCGACUGUAGAGGACUGAAAGCACUGAACGUGUUCAAGAAACUAGACCCCGCUGCACUGGCUCCGUCUCGAUGGUGUUCUUUGACUUUCUCAGUCUCAAUUUGCCAAAAAGAAAUUGUAUAACAGAGGCAGAGUGCAAAAUGUAAUUAAGCAAGGGAGUUUCUUAGUCACAAAAGGGGGGGAAAGGAGGGCAAGUUACUCACCACCGUUGUUUGGAAUCUGGAUUAGGACUAUAUAAAUCAUUUAAAGGGGCAGUCUGAUGUUUUAAGUUGUGCAUUUUUGUAAAGAAAUUGCCUACAACUUGUCACUGUUGCAUUUUUGUACAAGGAUGUGAAAUAAAUCUCCUUUUCAGAGCUC